AUGACGGAAGAUCUGAAACUGAUCGUAGUGGAGGUGAACAAACUGCUCGAAACUGACUACAACCUCAUAACGUUCGAUUCGCUGCCGGCCGAAUCGUUGCUGCAGGUGCUGGUCGAUGUGUUCCACGCGUUCGGUGUCAUUGAUAAAUUGGACGUCCGCGAAAAUGACCCGGAGGAUACGAACUUGCUCGUUAUGGAGGCACUACGCAAGAUUCAGUACAGACCGUCGGGAGAAAUUGACGAUCCCGGUGCGUUCCGUCGUGGACUGGUCCGUGGCGAAAAGAAACUAAUACAACCAAUUCUGCGCUGGAUUUUCGACAAUAGGGAUCGGGUUAAAAAGUCAUCCUAUCUGGCAAAGUUCUUGAUUCCGCUGGAUCUACCACCGGAAGCGAUGUCUAUGCCAGAUCUGAACAAUUUAUGGGCGCAAUAUUUGCAAACUAUGGACGAUUUCAAGGACGCACAUCGUGCGUAUGAACAAUCGGUACACGAGGGCGCCCAAACUCGCGAGCUUCGCAGUGACAUUAGUGCUAUUGAAUCCGAAAUCGAGAACGUAAAGAAACGAAUCGAUCGUACGCAAACUCGCCUAGACAAGGUCCCUCAACAGGAGCUGCUACUUGAGGCAGCCAACAGCUUACGCAUUGAGAAAGAACGCCAAAAGGAACUGCUCUCACAAAUUGAAGAGCAAAAGCAAGCACUGAAUCGCGCAAACAUGAUACACGAUCGUUUGCAAAAAGAUCUUCACAACGCUAAACUGUCCGUGCAAGGGGCGACUCCUCAAAAUCUAAUGGAAAGUCUUAUCGAGGAAACCCAAGUGUUGGAAUUUAUGGUCCAACAGAAGUUACCGCAGGAGCUUUUGCAGCGUAGAUCGGAGGUGCAAACGCUGCAAGAAGUAAUCGAUGAACCGCAAAUAACACGUAGCGAUCUGCUUGAAUUGCAAAACAAGGUCGACGAGUUGAAUCGCGAAAUACAGAAGCACGUCGAAGUUCGCAUGGCCGACUACAACACACAGAAUGACACACUCGGUCCGUUCCGACAGCAGGCUGCUAUGGUAGCUCGGAAUAAGGAAACCGCUGCAGAGCAGCUCGAUCAAACAACCAAAGAACUCCGUGAGAUCGACAAACAGCUGCAGGAUAAACAGCGCAAGCUGCAGGAAACGAUUGGAGAAGUAAUUUUACGCGGGGAAGAGCUCAAACAGUUCGUAAACACACUCCGUGCGAAAAGCAAUGUUUACAAGCAGCAACGAGCUGAACUGGCUUCGGUCAAAGCGGAGGUAACUGACCUUACGCAAACGCUGGAAAACCUCAAAUCCCAAGACCCAUCACUGUCGAGCGCCUUAUCGCAAGUCACCGACGAGGACACGCCAUCCAUGGCCAGCAGCAGCAGCAUCCCCGGCAGCCGUCCGGAUUCACCGAGCAUUGCUUCCCGCGGCAUCACGGAACUGGCACGGCUGGUAGAUGGCCUGCAGCGUGCCGUGACGGCCGCUAGGGAACGGCUGACACCACUGUCGCAACAGCUGCGUCCACUGCGGGAACGCGUCAUCGAACUGAAGGACGAAAUGGAUUCUAAAAAGCAGUCCUACGACGCAUUGAUUGCCACACUGAAUGCCGAAUCGGCCGUAAUGCAGACCAAGAUCGCCGAAGCGGAAAAAGCGAUUAAAACACUCGAGCAGCACUGGCAGGAAUUGCAGCUGGAAUACGAACGCUCGGAGUUGAUGCUGGAGAAAGCCAACGAAGAGAUUGUUGUCAGUGCGGAACCGCCCGGUGGAGAAUCCGGUGGAAAACCGCAUGCGUCACUAAAAGAAACCCUAGCGCAGCAGAUUUUCGAGCAGGAAACCAUCGGCAAACGGUUGCAGGAGGAUAAAAUUACCCUUCAAAGUGGAAAAGCACGACGGCAACGGCAGCAGGAAAUGUGGAGUGAUUUGCGAAAUCUGUUCGAUGUGAAAAUUCGUUGUUUCCACGACAGCAAACAACGUGGACCGGGAGGAACUCUCUCGGUCACCAGAGGUGGAGCGGAAACUUUCACGUUGCAAUGA